AGAUCAAUAACGUGUAUCACAGGUUAACUGUGUCGGCAAGUUGCUCUUGUGUGUUUGUGACAAACCGGCGACCUGAAUAUGGUGUACUCCACCUUCAACAGUUAAUGGGAUGGAACAAGAAAACCUGAAAAAUGAUUCAUUGGGAUCUGAUGGAUGUAAAUUCAUAGUACAGUUAUUUCAUUUUUUGACCAGUAAAUGUUUAAAAAAAUAUCCAAUAGAUAUCGCUUCAAGAGUGGUGUAGAUUAUGAGCUUAAUCAAGCAUAGGUUCAUCUUCUUCAACUCUAGACUAUCAUCUUCCUAGAUUUGUAUCUUAUUAGUGCUAUAAAGUUAUGAUUCUUAUUCCAGACUGUUUGUUACUGUCUGUUUUCUUUGCUCUCUCAAUUAGGUGCCAUACUGUUGGACCUUGUUUUAAAAAGACCUGUGUUCAACACAUUGAUUUGAAGUCCAAAACUGUUUUUAGGCCAAAUCCACAAUAUGCACCAGCUUUUUUAUUAAUCUGCUUGGAAAUUUAGAAUAUUUUUAGAUUGUAUCUUUACCAGCGUUUUUUUUUUUUUUUUUUUGGUACAAUGAUUUUUAAUCACUGUUUCAUUUCUUGAUUAAAACUAAUGUGAUAUUUUUAACUUCAGCAAAAUAACAAAAGUGAUAUUAUUAGGAGGAAUGUUUACAGUUUGUAUACAAAAAAGAGUAGACUAGAAUAGUUUCAAAAUAAAAUUAAAAAAGAAACAGGAAGAAAUCAAAAACACACAAAAAAUGAAUAUAAUUCACUAAAAAUAACCUUAGAAAUUGUCACAAAGGUGAAAACCCUGUUAUUUCAUUUGAAUUGAUUGAUUGUAAUUAUUUCCUAUAAGGAGACUCGGUGCCAGCCGUCUCCCGUUCUUGGCUCGGGUUCCUGCGUGUUCAUCCCAGAAGUGGGACAUCGACCCACAUUAUUCCUAUAAGGGUCGCAGCUAAUAGGACGCAAACAGGAGCAGCUGACAGUCUGCUGCGCGCGAGCUGAAGCUCACGCGCGUUUUCCUGUCGGUGCGCAGAGCAGAAGGUGUGAAAACCCUUCACGUAUAAGAGGAUGGAAGCAUCGGAGGAGGCAUGUGGCUUUAAAUGAAAGCUGUGCAAUUGUUUGCUAAAAGCAGGAGCUAUAAAUAGUCCGGAUUGGAGCUGCUUCCUGCAUGCGCGCGCUGCUUCAUAAGUGUGUGAACAUCCCUGUUUGCAGGUUCGGGUUCCUGGAGGAUUAUUUUUCCUGUGAAAUGCGGUGACUCAGAUAUGUUCUCGCUCAAAGGAGACUAUUCCCGCGACAUCACCAUCAUCCUCCCACGGAGUGGAGCUCCACGUUGCGCGAUGUGAUGCUCAGUCCUGCUCAGCAUCAGCUACGGAAGGCGUGCUCAUCCGCACCGUCCGGGACUCACAUUCGGAGCGAGCGCACGUCCACCCCCCCGGCAGCCAUGGCAUCCACGCGUGGAUCAGCUGGAGCGCAUUGAGGUUUCAGAGUGAUGCAGUCUCUGUUUGGAGGAGGGGAGCUGGGGCUGCUGGGAGGAGGCGGCGACGCAGGAGGCCUCAAGGAAGAUGGCUGCGGCAGCAUGGCGUGGAGGUCAUCGCCUCUGCCUCCGGAUGAUGUCUACUCAGCCUCGCACUUUGCCCUCAUCACUGCCUAUCAGGACAUCAAAACAAGGCUGGCCAGCCUCGAGCGAGAAAACAGCACUAUCAAGAGGAAGCUAAAGAUAUAUGAGAUAAAGUUCCCGAUGAUCAGCGAGUUUGGUGAGGACACUAACUCAUACUGCUCCUUUGAGAGUAAGGAGACGGUACUGUUGCAGUCUGAAAAUGGCAACCUGCAGCAGAGGGUGAACGUCCUGACCCAUGAGCUGCAGAAGAGGAAGGACAGGGAGGAGCAGCUGGAGGACGUCAUAAAGGCCUACGAGAAGAUUCAUCUGGAGAAGAACAACCUCCAGAGAGACCUGGACAAGAUGACCAGCAUGGUGGAGAAGCACGUUGAGCGCAUCCUUAGCCUGGAAUCAGCUCUGAGGCAGAGGGACAACUCCCUGCAGAAGCUCAACAUGCAGAUGCACAACAAGGACAUGCAGUAUCUGCAGCUCCACGCUGGUCCAGACGCACACAUGCUGGACUGUCCAGCUCUGACCCUCCAGAGCUCCCGUAGCCUGGACGCCCUCUCCGACCUUAAGCUGCAGCGCCUGGAGGCAGAGCUGGAAGGGGCACGGCACGAAGCCCAGGGGGCGUGUCAGCGGGAGGAGGAGCUUAAGGCGGAGUGCGAGAGGCUGAAGGACGAGAUGAGACAGCUCCAGAGCAGCCAGAGGGAGAGGGAAAUGACUUCUCCGUGCAAGCAGUGCGAUAUGGAGUGGAUACAGAAGGUGGGAGAUGAGCAGGUGAAUUUGGCUCUGGCCUACACCGAAUUAACAGAGGAACUGGGACGCCUUCGAGCGCUGAGCGCCAAGCAGACAGAAAUCCUGAGGAAAGCAACGCAGGAGCAGGCUAGUCCAGUGCAGCUUCACUCUCCCAUCCACCACCAGCGUCACUCUCCAGUUUCUCAGCGUCACUCCCCAAUUCCACAGCGGCACUCCCCUGUCCCGCCACAACCCCACCACUCCCCGAUCCAGCAGCGACGCUCUCCUGUGCUGCAACGCCUUUCCCCCGACAUGCACCGCCGUUCGCCCUUACUGGACGUCAACGAUGGACCGGCUUCGUACUCGUACCGGCCCCCCAGCCAGCACCUUAGAGCCAGCUUCCAGGGUCGUCGCAGUUACUCUGAAGUGGCUGAUCCUUCGGCUUAUCAGUGCCCACCCCGUUUCUCCCUUGACCCGGUCUCCACCCUUCCCAAGCCAAGGCCCUACAUCGAGGGCUACCCCAAGCAGCAGUCCCAGCAUGUCGGAUCCCCCCACAGUGGGCUGCAGCACAGAGGACCCCCGUCUCCCCACCAAAGCGGAACAGGAAAAGAUGGAAGCCUCGGGGAGAGCUCCAUGCGCCACUCCAGAGAGAUGCCGUUUCCGCUUUCAGAAGUGGCGCAUCUUCACUACGAGCCACCGCCUCCAUCUUCAUCCACUUCACAGCCCCAACAGUCCUCCGACGAUGAGGAGGAGUGGACCUGCCCGCAUCCCAUCAGUCCACCAAGGACGCUGGGCGUGCUUUCUCCAACAGCAGCCAGCAGUAUUAUGAGGGGCCCGGCUUCCUGCUCAGCCUUCCCCAUCCCUCAGAGGCCGAACAACCUCAGCUGCCACCCUCAGCAGGGGUACACGUCUGCGGAGCAUGCUCAGUCCUGGCCUUCAAUCAACCUCUGGAUGGAGACCGAGGAAAGUGACAUGAGGAGCUGCCCUCUCUGCCAGCUGAUUUUUCCUGUUGGUUACCCUGACGAUGCCCUCAUCAAGCACAUCGACUCCCACCUGGAGAACAGCAAGAUAUGAUUUCUAUGGCAACCAGCACACACUCUGCUCGUAUAGAUUAUGUGAGAGACUGGAAGAUCUGGCCAAGUGGAAAGUCAAAUGUUCACACAGAGGCAUCUAAUUUAAGUCUGAACCAGUCGCGUGGGGCUGGUGCAUAGUUCUGAUUUAUUUUGGAUGGUUCUUGAUCAUCCAUGUGAUGUUAGUGGGUCCAUGUGCCAGGGCUGACAUUUAAAUAGAUGCAUUGGUGGCGCUGUUUGCCACUCCUUUGCUUUGAUUCCUGUUGUGUGGAUUCGAGAAGGUUUCAGGAAUAUUUUCUUUGUAAUCACUUUGCAGUGUGACAGCCUUGUCUUUGAUUUGCAGUUUAAGCCAACCGUGAGGCAUUGGAGGCACACUGGCAGGUUCAGGAGCCCUGCUUGUCUUAAUGUUGCCGUCAGCUUUCAUCAGUAUUUGAUCAAAGAUAUUGGACAAUUCAAUUUAAACCACAAAGCUUUAAAUAAUUCUGCUUUUAUAUGCUCAAACGCUGACUUUAUUUCCUUUUUAGAGGGUCUCGUGCAGUCAGAGGCAUGGGAAAAACUGGAGCGUUCAUUGUGAUAAUGUGACAGGCACAUAUGUGAGAUUAUUAACUGAUGAAAAAUUCUGUUUUUACGAGAGAAUGACAGCGAGAAGUGUCUGUGCUGGUUUCUGCAUCAAAGAAAUGUGUUUCUAGAGGAGUUUAAAAGAGUUUUAAACUUAUGAUGAGUGCGUUCGGAUCAGAAAUGAACCGAUUUAUCCAAAUGUUGUGUUGAUGGUGCCCUGCAGGGCGGGGUGCAGAUGAAGACAUGGCUUCUCUUUAUGUAAAGGGACGAUUCAGAAUAUACCUUUAUGCUUGCGGCAUGUACAAGAGUAUCUUAGCACUUUAAGUUAGCAUAGUGUUUCCAUGUGCACCAUUCAGACACAAAACGACACGAAAAUCCUUCAUAAUGGGACACAGAAGGUGGGUGGGAUUUACCUUCCUGUGUUGAUAAGCAGGAAGCAGUAAAAUAAGAUUGAUAACUAGACUCUUGGGCAGUUAAAAGAGGCUGCAUGUCAAGUUAUAUUUUUGAAAAAUGCAUUUUUUUUCUUAUAUCUGUGAAACAGCAAAAAUAAAUGAGCAGCUCUGUUUUUGACACACCAGAAUCCACAUUUCCUUGAAUAACCAUUAGCAUUUGGGCUGAAGUGAUUUGGGUACAAAUCGCAAUUUUUUUUUUUUUUCAAAUUCAAUCUCAAAAUCUUAAAAAAAAAAAAAAAAAUGUUUUGUGAUUUAAACUCCACAGAUGUGUCACUUUUUAAUGUUAAAAAUUCUUAAUGUUUUUGCUAACAUGUGCUUCUAAUGUGCUAGCUGUCGUUCGCUAAGGCCAAUAGCAUUCGUGUGUAAAGUCCUUUAGCGUAGCACGUUAUGCUACUUUCACACUGGAUUCUCGAUACUAGCACAUCUACUGUCUGUAACCUACAGUUUGAACAGGCUUGGUGCGAAAUGGCUAAGUGAUAAAAAUUUUGCUAAUCGCGAAUUUUGCUCCAGACUUUUUUUUUUCACAUCUCUAUUCCGAUAUAUAUAUAAAAAUUUGGGUGUCAUAGGCUAUGUCUAAUUCCCACCCUAAUCCCUAACUACUAAAAAACAAUAUAGUGCGGGACUAUAUGUUUCCCUGGACUUUAAAACCAAUUCGGACACUAUGCUCACUACUUUUCUUUUGUUUUUCUAAACGCUGGAUAUGACGUCAGGUGAAAAUUGAAUUAAUACAAAUAUUUUAUGAAGUCUGUUUAUGACUCCACUGCAUUCUGAUGAUAAAAAGGUAGA